CCCCCUUCAACCCCCCCCCUAAAUGCCGCCUUACGAUAGCGAGUCUUCCGAUGAGGGCGAGAACUACACCGAAACGAAUGUCCUGCUUGGCUAUGCCUCACAAGAAGCGACAGGGGAUACCAUAUCGCAUCUCGGAGGCUAUCCGACAUGGCUGGACGAGAAGAGCCCUCUCUCUGGUGCCCAAGCAAAAUGCAAAGUGUGCAGCGACUUCCUCACUUUACUCCUCGAACUGAAUGGCGACCUGCCCGAUCACUUCCCAGGCCAUGAGCGGAGGCUGUAUGUCUUCAGCUGUCGACGGAAAACUUGCAGGAGGAAAGAAGGCAGUGUGCGGGGAAUGCGGGGUGUGCGUGUUGCGAAAUGCAGCGGGAGCAGGGGCGCUAAGACAAUUCCCCAGAAGGCAGCCACGAAGGAUGUCAGAGUGGAGACGAAACUACCAGCGAAUAUUGGGGAGGCGCUGUUUGGCGACAAGAAUGGCGGAAGAACCUCGGAACCCGCGAAUCCUUUCGCCAAUCCCUUUACCUCGAACGCGAACAACAUGACCUCACCGAAUCCAUUUUCUUCUCCGCCGUCCGCACUUAACCCGUUUUCUAAACCUUCACCCUCCGCCCCGCCACCUGCCAAUUUAGUCGAGGAUGAAGCCUCCACCACCCUCCCCGAGACCUUCGCGUCAAAAGUCUGCCUUUCCUCCCCACCACCACCACUCGUCCAACCGACCCGCCCGCACGAGCCUUGGCCUGCGCGAUCUUCGCUCCCACCCGCGUACCCCCACUAUCAUCUAGAUGCAGAAUACGAGGCGCUCGAGGCCCAAUCUACACCGCAGAUACCAAACACAGCGCGAAUGGACAUGGACGCGGAAGGCAGCGGAGUGCGAGGGAAGGAAGACAAAGAGGUCUUUGAGAGCACACUCGACAAAACAUUUCAGAGAUUUGCCGAUCGAAUCGGCCAAAACCCGGAGCAGGUGUUGCGAUAUGAGUUCAAGGGCAAGCCGUUGCUAUACAGCGAUGGCGAUAGCGUCGGGAUGCGUCUAGCAGCCCACUCAGAGAGCGGGUCAUCCUCGAAUGCAAGGGUCACGAUAGGCUCAAGAGGUGGAGCGGGCAUCCCAAGAUGCCAACAUUGUGGUGCGGAUAGAGUGUUCGAGGUGCAGCUCACGCCCCAUGCAAUCACUGAACUUGAGGUUGAUGAGAUGGGCAUAGAAGGUAUGGAAUGGGGCACUGUCAUCCUAGGUGUGUGUGAAAAAGACUGCAAGCCAAGCGAUAUCGCCGAUGGCGAAGUGGGAUAUCUUGAAGAGUGGGUGGGUGUGCAGUGGGAGGAGGUUACGUCAAAGAGGUAACUCCUCUCACAUACCUACUUUCUUCACUGUAUUCUGGCAAUGUGGAUUUUAUGGUUUGGCGCAUUCCGCUGUCGAAUGCAGCCCUCAGUCAGUUGUCAGCAUCUCAUGCUACGAUGACAUAACGAUCUAUGGCAUUCAUUGGCAUGAUGAUCUAUGGGAUUAUUCGAGGGCUUUAACUUUCCAAUCUUCCUG